AUGGAACGGUGGGUGCUUGAUAUCCACCGCCGUACCUAUGGCGUGGUAUAUAAAGCCCGCGAUGUCCAGACGAACCAAAUAGUUGCCCUGAAGAAGAUCAGGCUUGAGGCUGAAGACGAGGGCGUUCCAAGUACAGCCAUCCGCGAGAUCAGCCUGCUGAAGGAGCUGAAGGACGACAACGUUGUCAGACUCCUGGAUAUCGUUCACGCCGAUCAGAAACUCUAUCUUGUAUUUGAAUUUCUGGACGUUGACCUCAAGAGAUACAUGGAAAAUGCAAACAGGAAUGGGAAUCCCAUAAGCCCUGAUCUCGUCAAGAAAUUUACUCAUCAGCUGUCUUCUGGGCUGCUAUACUGCCAUUCACACCGUAUCCUUCACCGCGACCUGAAGCCCCAGAAUCUGCUGAUCGACAAGUAUGACAACCUCAAGCUUGCGGACUUUGGACUCGCCAGAGCUUUCGGUAUCCCCAUGCGGACAUAUACGCAUGAGGUGGUCACCUUGUGGUACCGCGCUCCUGAAGUACUUCUGGGCUCGCGUCACUAUGCGACAGCCAUCGACAUGUGGUCCGUUGGUUGUAUCUUUGCCGAGAUGGUCAUGAGGGGCCAUCCCCUAUUCCCUGGUGACUCUGAAAUCGAUCAGAUCUUCAAGAUCUUCAAAGUUCUCGGAACGCCAAACGAAGAGACGUGGCCAGGCGUGAAGCAACUGCCAGACUACAAGUCGACAUUCCCUCACUGGUCUGCUCAAGAUCUGGCCGAUCAUGUACCGACGCUAGAUGAUGACGGUCUGGAUUUACUGAAACUCAUGCUGACAUACGACACCAGCAAACGUAUCUCUGCCAAGCGCACACUUAAGCAUCCAUACUUCUUGGGCUUCAAACCAUAAUAUGCCCAUGCCGCCUAGACUUCCAUCGCUCCGUUCGCUCGUUAUCGCUUGUCGUUCUGCCCUCAUCGUCACGUCCUUCGAACACCUUUGCAUCUUCCUUGCACCUCGCAUGUCGUUCAUUUCCCGCGGCGCACUUAUACAAUAUGUCGAUACAUUACAUACGCGUAUUGUACAUCAGCAUUCCUCGCAUGACGUAUUCUUGUCUUCUGUUCCCACCCGCCUCGGUAAUUCCCUCGCUGUGUCUGUUACCGCUCGAAGUGAUAUCAAUAUCAAUUGUUGUAAAAGUGUACUGCACCUCGUCUUGCCACAAUACCACCAGGUGGCAUACGCUUAAUGUUCGUGCAGAUUAGUAGAGUUUCGAAUCUGUAUUUUCGUCCGAGGUCGCAUUCAACGAUAUAAAGCUUGCAGUCACUU